AUGGGUGGUAACAAUCUAGGAGGUAAAAUUCCUACAGAGCUGGGUUCCUUGUCCAAUCUCUCCCACUUGAUUCUUGCAGCCAAUUAUCUCUCUGGAGCUAUCCCACUUUCAAUUGGGAACCUUUCCAAUCUACAGAACCAUUCUCUACCGUUAAAUAAUCUAGAGGGAAGCAUUCCCACCCAACUUGGGCAGCUUUACAAGUUGGAGAUUCUUCAGCUACCGGUAAAUAAUUUUUCCGAUAUGGUUCCUACUUCGCUUUACAACAUCUCAUCAAUCUAUUACUUCUCUAUCAAUGCCAACCAAUUGCAUGGAAUUCUACCAUCAGAUUUAGGCUUGACCCUUCCAAAUUUACUAGGAUUUUAUGUUGCACUCAAUCAAUUCUAUGGCCAAAUUCCAUCGUCAAUAGUCAAUGCUACAAGACUUGUGCAAAUUAGUUUAAGCAGCAAUUCCUUUACUGGGUCCAUACCUAUGAAUCUAGGAACGCUUCAUGCUUUAGAAUUUUUUGGUGCUUAUGAAAAUUCACUUGGAACAAACCAAGGCAAUGAAUUAAUGAGCUUCCUCACUUCUUUAUGCAAUUGUUCCAAUCUACGAGUUCUAGAUUUGAGAACCAAUCAUUUUAGAGAUGAUAACAAGCUCACAGGUAGUAUUCCAACUUCCAUUGGAAAACUCUCCAUGUUGGAAAUCCUCUCGCUUGACAAAAAUAACAUCUUUGGAGAGAUUCCAUCGUCUAUUAGAAACUUGAGUAGGCUUGGUGCACUUGACUUGUCAACAAAUAUGAUUGAGGAAAGCAUUCCUGUUUGUUUAGGCAAUUGUACCAAUCUACGACAAAUUUAUCUUCAUAACAAUCAUCUCACAGGGGCAAUACCUCAUCAAAUCUUUGGUUUGUCUUCCCUUGUUAUUCUAUCCUUAAGUCAAAAUUACUUAACAGGACUACUACCACAUGAAGUGGGUCACUUGAAAAAUCUGGGUGGAGUAUAUGUAUCAAAAAAUCAGCUAUUUGGAGAAAUCCCCGCCACUCUCGGCAAUUGUGAAGUUUUAGAAUUCCUCUACAUCGAUGGUAACCUCUUCGAAGGUACAAUUCUGAUGGCCUUCAGUCAAUUGAAAGGUAUUCAAGAACUAGAUGUUUCUAGGAACAACUUGUCGGGACAAAUUCCAAGGUUUCUCGGGGAGUUUCGGUUCUUUCAAUAUCUCAAUCUUUCCUACAAGAUGUUUGAUGGUGAAGUUCCAAUUAGAGGAGUUUUCACAAACAUUAGUGCCUUCUCAAUUGUUGGAAAUAGUAAGCUAUGCGGAGGAAUUAAAGUAUUGCAAUUGCCUGCAUGCCCAAUGAAAGUCUUAAAUGAAAGGAAAUGA